GGCGGGCGGGUUUUGAGUCGGCCCAAUGGGAACCGCGCGCCGGCCUCCCCUUUAAGGACUGUUGUGACCUGACGUCACCCGGGCGAGUUACCUCCCGGAGCCUCCGCCGCUGGGCUCAGCGUGAGCCCCAGAGCCCUUGAGCGCGAGGUGCAGACCGCUUGGCGCCCCUGUAUCACGGCCACAUCCCCGCCCCGGAGCUCCGGCCUGUGUGCCCAGCCGGGCCCGCGAGAUGCCCUCCGACCGGCCUUUCAAGCAGCGGCGGAGCUUCGCCGAUCGCUGUAAGGAGGUGCAGCAGAUCCGCGAACAGCACCCCAGCAAGAUCCCGGUGAUCAUCGAGCGCUACAAGGGGGAAAAGCAGCUGCCAGUCCUGGACAAGACCAAAUUCCUGGUCCCGGACCAUGUCAACAUGAGCGAGCUGGUCAAGAUAAUCCGGCGCCGCCUGCAGCUGAACCCCACGCAGGCCUUCUUCCUGCUGGUGAACCAGCACAGCAUGGUGAGCGUGUCCACGCCCAUCGCGGACAUCUAUGAGCAGGAGAAAGAUGACGACGGCUUCCUCUACAUGGUCUACGCCUCCCAGGAAACCUUCGGCUUCUGAGCCAGCAGUAGGGGGGCGUGGGUGGUUGGACUGGGAGUGGGGGACCCUGACAGGCUCUGCCCAGGGAGUUGGCUCCUGAACUGAGCUGCCCCAGCUCCUGGGGGACUGGGCAGGGCUGCACCUCUUACUUCUGGGGCACCAACCACUCCAACUCUGUCCUGGGUAGAGCCUGGGCCUGUCAUGUUCGGGUUGCCCAUCUUGGUGGCUGGGGGAUGGUGGGAGCAGCCCCCAGCACCCCUGCUCUGUCUUUUUUUUAUUUUAGGCCCCUGCCCGCCUGCCCCUCCCCCACCCGAGGCGCUGCUUCCUCUGCCUGGACCCACCCACCCCUGAAGGACUGGCCCCUGGCUCACCAGGUCUUGACAUGGUGUAUGGAUCUGUGGUCAUUGUCCCUCUGCAGAAUAAAGACUGCUCAGGCCUGCCUGGC